CAAAUAUAUUUAACACAUGAAAUACUUAACUUAAAUAUGCUACUUAUGUUGUUUGUCCUUGGAAUGUUUAUUAUUAUUAGCAAACUAAAAAGGAUAAAAAAGAACGCUUAAACUGACGGCCAACUAGUUUCUACACCGAUAAAACGCUUGGUAUUUGUGAUGAAACAAAUAAACAGUGUGCAAGUAAAAACAUUGCUACAACUAUGGAAUACAGUUGUUGUUAGUAUCACCGGCCAGAAGCUACCAGCCACGAACUCAAGACCCGAGUCACUGUCCAACAACUAAAGAAAGGGAAAGCAUACACCAGCUACCGCUCAGUCUACCAGACGCGGUUUGUGAUACAGUCAUCGUUCAGUUUUAUCGUAAUCCAGCUCAUCCUUCAACAGAAGAUGCUGAAUAAAUUAAGCAGCUGACGAUGAAACGCUGAUGACUCAAUAGCCAUGAUAAAUAUCUGAAGAAAUAAUUAAAUAUUUAAUCAACGAUAAAAUAAUUAUUUGAAUUGACAAUGUUAAAUCCACUAACCGGAAUUUCACCAGUUUGGUGGUUAAUUAUUUACGCAGGACUUCUAUUACUAUUGUCGCCAGUUGUACUGUUACUGGUAAUAUUUUUACCGAAUUUUCCAUUACUAUUAUUAAGACGAAUGUGUUACAUUCCAAUUGAGCCGAUAUAAAAUGCCAGAGGCUCAAGGCCACUCAUUGCUGAUCUGUCAUACGCAUAAAAGUUUCCUCCUACUUUGCCAUUAAAAUAAUGAUAAUAAACUAUAUAAAUAAUAACAAUAAUUCCAACGGAGUAUUUAUUUAAAAAUUAAUAAAUUUAACGAGAGUUAUACAUCUCGUUACCGAAGAAGAAAUGUUAUUAAAUUAAUAAUAACGUAAACAAAUUGAUCGCCGAUUCAUCAGUCACGUUCAGGCAUUUAUUUAUAAGUCUUCUUACAAUACUAGUACUAUAAUAUAAUAAUGUCAUAUACCAUACCAAGUACUUUCGCCAACUGGGUAUGUAAGUGGGAGUUUACGUCUGGAGUGGUCUGGAGACCCUGGUUUCGAUCACGUAUAUACAACGUACCAGGUCGAGAAUCUUGCUACUUGUUAUCUACUGCUGACAGACUGGUGCUCAAUAAAAUAUGAAGUUACCUUUUCAUAUAUUGCUGCUGACAUGUUUACUGUCGUUAAAAAUAUCAGCAGAACCAUCGCCGAAGCUGCUAAAAAAUCCCAAGGUGUACAAUGUGGUGGUGACAAGUGAUCAGAAUCUCCAACCAUCGCAAGCUUACCCAGUGGUACAGCCAGUGUCUCAGAGCCAGGUGGUUGGAUACUACCCGCCUUAUUACUACGGUGGAUAUUAUCCGUAUAAUUAUGGGCCCUAUGGAUACUACGGACCUUACGGGUCUUAUGGACCCUACGGAGGUCCAUACGGACCUUGGGGACCGUACGGACCCUGGGACCCAGCACUGGGUCCCGUGCCUUGGGACCCGCGAAUGCCGAAUCCGAACCAACCAGGAAACCAGCCAUCAGACAAUCCCAACACAGAAUCAGUGAACAAAGACAUGAAAGAAGUAUCCAUUAAUUUCGGGAAGCAAACUGACGGCUCAAAAGACUCUGAGGCUGAUGACAUGGGUAAAGAAGAAAAGAUAAAGAGAAAAGAUAAUGAACAAACGCCAUUGACUUAUUAUCCUAGUACACGGUCAUCAGUUUACUUCAAUCCUUAUUACUACGGUUAUAAUCUUCUUCCUCGUGCAGCGCCUGGAAAUUAUUACUUUAAUUAUCCACCCGCAGGUCCGCUUCCAGUAGCAGGCUCGGGGCUGCCAGAGCAUUCAGACACUCAGAAUUUAGCUCCUCAAGAAAAAGAACAAGCUAAAAGACCAACUAAUCUUCAAAAGGCUGAAGAAAUGAAGAAAGAGAGCCAAACUAAAAUCCCAGACGUUCCGCCGCCUCCAGUGCCAAUCACAAGAAGCUCAUGAUUUUUUACCAACCACUUAGUCACGUACAUACUUUAUAAUAAUUAGCUAUUAGUUUGUUAAAACUAGCUUCGUACCCACCGUAUUACAAUGUCAGCUUUUAGUUUUCUUAAUAAGAAUUUUCAUUAAUUGUUA